AUGCCAGCAGAGCAUGAAAUAGCCAUUAUAAAAGCAGAAGCUGCAACAGAGUUCUACGCAGUACCAAUAAACAUUGCCGCUACAAGGUGCUGUCACUCCAAGGAGUUAAAAAACGAACUAAAUGGGUAAGUAUAAAUUUGAAAUAAAAUCUCUGCAAGUAUUCCAGGUUGCUGGAAAAAUUACGCUCGAAGACUGAGGCAAAAGGUUUGCAGAUGACUCAAGAAAAGGGUUUUGACGGAGUAAUUAAUCUAAGCGCGUUUAUUUGCAUAUAUUUUGUAUUUCAUUUUAUCUACAUAAUUAUUUCUCGGUAAGAUUAUAUUAUCCUAUACUUUUGUUAUCUUAACCGGACUCGUACGUAGUCACGUACGCAGGCGCCAAAAUGUAAACGUAGAAAAUAAAUAGAUUUAAACAAAGAGAAAAGAAGCUCGUUAGAUAAAAAGGAGAAACAGUUUCUCGUUCGAGAAGAUAUGAAUAUUUGAAACUUUGGGCAACAAUUUCCCUCGAUUAAUUGAUUAUUUUCUUCGAUUCUGAGCUAUUUGUGAUUAUUUAUUGUUGUAAACAGGACUAGAGAAAGAUGAAGAUUAUAAAACAGAAGUCCAGAUCAGCGGCUGCUAUAAAAUCCUCAGUGGUACCUCACCAUCUCAUCCUGUUCUGAUUGAACACUCCUGUUUAAUGACACCCGGAAAUGAGUGGAAUAUGGAGGUUAAAUGUCGCCCCAUAUUACAAGGAGCCCAAGGUGUGUCCAAUCAGAGAAACAACUGGAGAAGCUUGAUGGUGGUUUACCCCGAAGCUGAAGUGAAAUUAAAACACAAUGACAUUGAAGUCACUUUGCCAUCUCUGCAGGAGGACAUCGAGAUCGCUGCGUUUGGCAGACCAGGAAAAGAGGACAAGAAAAGAAUGCAAAUGGCGAUCUUUGCAAAACGACCAAAACAAGGAAGAGACUGGAAGAUUUGGGUUUAUCUUGUAGAUGAUACAAGUCCAGCCUGUGAGGUAUAGGGUGCUAUUAUGUUUAUUUAAUUUGUUUGUUUGUUUAAAAUGUUACCGCAUUUCGUUACUCUAUGAUCAUGAUUUUAUUGCCUUAGCGAGCCAGCCCGCGAUUGAUCACCCCCUGCCCCUCCGCUCUAGACAUUACCCUCUUCUGAAGACAGCAAAGGCGCUAGAGAGCUUUACUACCGCUAACCAAUGUAAUGCAAAACGAUAAUGCCAACAGCACAAUUUAUUAAUUUAAGUUAUUAACAUACACUGAUACGAAAACUGAUUUCUACGUUUUAAUUCUUUUCCUCGUAUAAAACAGAAAAUGUUUCAGGAUGAAGACGAAAAAGGAAACAGACUACUGACACCACUUGCUGGAAUAUUUGUGUCCAACAGUAAUAAAGACAUCAAAAUUGAACUCAGUAAACUGGAGCCUGGAUGGAAAAUCAAAGGAAGCAAUGUAAAGGUACGAAAGGGGAAUUUGUUUGUCAACUGUUCCCUUCACGAUACUGAUUAAGAUCCCACGUGUGUUAUCCGCGCCAUGUUUGGAUUAGUUGGUAGAUUUCUAGUCUCUAUACCGGAGAUGACUGGCCUAAUUUCCAGGACAGAACUGCUUUUGUUCAAAAGAGGGCUCUGCCCUUUCCAUGGCUAGGCAUUCUUGACGUUGGGAAGUCCACAUACAAAAAAGGCGAUCUUGCGUCAGGUAGAAUCCGAUAAACCAAGCAGCGUCCCAAGCCGGGGUGGGUACUCAAGAAGGUUUUAUACAGGGUGACUCCGCAGGUCCAGCCCCUUACCCUUUUAUGCAAAGGUCUGCAGUUCGCAGGCUACAUAGACGUAGUAGUACAUAGUAGUAGUAGUAGUAGUAGUAGUAGUAGUAGUAGUAGUAGUAGUAGUAGUAGUAGUAGUAGUAGUAGUAGUAGUAGUAGUAGUAGUAGUAGUAGUAGUAGUAGUAGUAGUAGUAGUAGCAGCAGUAUUAGUACCAGUACCAGUACUAGUGCAGUAGUAUUAGCAGUAGCAGUAGCAGCACCAGUACCAGUACCAGUAUCAGUACCAGUAGAGUGGUAGUGGUAGUGGUAGAAGUAGUAGUAGCAGUAGAAGAUCUUGUUUUCAAAUAACUUCCAUUUCACUUUCCUUUUUAGACUAUCAAAUCAACUCAUGCAUGGAAUUUGUCAGGAGACUCUGUAGACUUUCCACGUUGCUAUUUCGAAAUAAGUCACGUGAAUAGUGCCAAGCAUUCAUACUUCUGUGGAAUAGAAGCUUCUCACGAAGGAGACAGUGCACAAGCAGAAGUUGUGGCGUAUUUUGAACGAGUGAGUGUUGACAGAAAUAAUUACUAUAAUUGCAACAAUUUCGCCUGACUUGCCAUAAUUGCGAUGAUAAAUCUUAUACUUACUUCUGUUGCUCUCCAUCGAAGAAAACUAUCAAUUCAAGAGUAUAUUAAACCAAGCCCUCGAUAACCGCUGAACUUUUUCAUCUUCGUUUUGUAGGAAAGUGGUCAGAAAAUCGUCCAGCCCUCUAACAAUUCUCGCAAACUGAGUAAUACGUGGAACUUUGUUUCAAAAGGUAAGCAGAAAAUAAUGUAUGAUCACUUGGAAGUACGAUGCAACUCAGAGACCAAGAGGAGCCAAAAAACGACCUCUGCAAAAUACGUAUCUCUUUUGACCUGUAUAAUGAAUUUUCAUAUUGUAUUCUAGUUUUUAUCAACUUUUUAUAUGAACUUUCAAAUUUCUUAACUAUUUUUCUCACAGAGAUUACCACCAGGUUGCCAUUUCAUGAUGUUUUGACUCUGCUUUGUGCACUUUUUGCUUCGGGCCUCAAUACCACACACGUUACAGGUAAGCUUGCCUUCUAAUUUUCAAUAUUAAAUAUACCAUAAACGUGUUUUGGACCGGAUAUCCAAAAGGGCCUAGUAGUAAUAAACGAUGCCAUUGUAUAAAUCAAAUGUGGGAACCAUACGUUUGCUGAGAUUGCUUACUUGUUUCUGGAAAGACAAUCACAGCAGUGUAAGUAAACCCUUUCAAAAACUUAAAAAUCGUUUACAUGCGUCAGUAAGCAUCAAAAGAUACCUGGCUCUCUAUAUAACAGCAAAUACGAUUCUUUUCAUUUCACUUACAGCAAGCACAACAAUCUCAAUAUUUUUGUUUUAAAUUUUAACAGGAUCAAAUUCAACUUAUCAGCAAUUUACGACAAAGAAGGAUUUUAAAGAUUUUACCAAUUCCAAGCAGCCUUACAACUUCAUUAGAAUGCCUCGUUCCGGGGCGCUUGCAAAGCGCGGGAAAGCAGGAUCCGCCAGCUGCGGUUCAACUGUCGCACAAGAUCAUGCGCAUUAUGCAACUGCAAGAAAGCCAAACGCCUCGGAACGAGGAAAUGCGUUACAGUUAUUCCAAAAACAACAUUCACAAGAAGUCUACUAGAAGAGUAAACAAGAAACAAGAAAAAAGCAGAAUGGAAAAGAAAAAAAGGAAAGAAAAAUAAUAAUGAUGAUCAAUUAACUCCGAUGAGACC